AUGAGCUCGAAGGAGAAGCCCACUCUUGGAGGCACGCGGAUUAAGACCCGCAAGCGGAACAUUGCAGCUCCUUUGGACCCUGCAUCAUUCUCUGAUGCAAUUGUUCAGAUUUAUCUGGAUAAUGGUGGAGAUCUGGAACUUGUCGCCAAAAGUAUCGAGUCCUCAGACCUCAACUUCUCACGUUACGGUGACACCUUUUUCGAGGUGGUUUUUGUUGGAGGGCGCACUCAGCCUGGCACUAUAAAACCUGAAGAAGGAGACCGCCACCCUUAUUCUGUGUUAGAUUGUGCGGCACAGCGUGAAACAAUUUUGCCUUUCGUACUCUAUAUCCAGAAAACAUUGCGCAGGAAGCCUUUCUUAAUAAAGAAUCUUGAAAAUGUUAUGCGCAAAUUCCUCCAAUCUUUGGAGUUCUUUGAAGAAAAUGAGAGAAAGAAACUCGCCAUAUUCACUGCCCUUGCAUUUUCUCAGAAGCUAUCAGGGCUUCCUCCUGAGACUAUGUUCCAGCCACUGCUCAAGGAUAAUCUUGUCGCCAAAGGGAUAGUACUUUCAUUCAUCACUGAGUUUUUCAAGGAGUACCUUAAGGAAAACAGCUUGGAUGAUUUGAUUGCACUUUUGAAGAAGGGCAAAAUGGAGGACAAUCUGUUGGACUUCUUCCCAUCAGCUAAGAGAACCUCUGAGGCUUUAUCUGAGCAUUUCAACAAACAAGGUCUGACUAGCCUUGUUGAGUACAAUGAAAAGAAGAUGUUUGAAGUUAAACUUAAGGAGAUAAAGUCAACACUGACCACCAUGAUCAAUGAUGAGGCUGCAAUAUCUGAAGUGUUUGAGACUGUCAAGCAGCAAGUUAAGGAUGCUAAAUUUCCUGAUUUAGAGGUUAUUCGCAUGUUGUGGGAUGUGCUCAUGGAGGCUGUUCAGUGGUCUGGGAAGAACCAGCAACAAAAUUCUAACGCAGCACUUCGGCAGGUGAAAGCUUGGGCUGAGCUUUUGAAUGCUUUUUGCACGAGUGGCAGACUUGAACUGGAACUUAUAUACAAAGUUCAGACGCAGUGCUAUGAGGAUGCUAAGCUGAUGAAGCUGUUUCCUGAAAUCAUAAGAACACUGUACGACCAAGAUGUCCUAGCUGAAGAUACUGUCCUCCUUUGGUUCCGUAAAGGUUCAAACCCGAAGGGCAGGCAAUCUUUCGUGAAAGCUCUGGAGCCGUUUGUCAAAUGGCUCGAGGAGGCUGAGGAGGAAGAAUAA